UCUCACGCUCUCAUUUAUCACAGCCCCGCGUUGGUUGGAACCCAUUAGCGUCGCCGCAGCAGAUCCAGCAGGACCGUGUGAAUUAAACUGACCCCCGGCGCUGACCGGACACACAACCUCACCCCUUCACAUCGCUCCAGAGUGACGUCAGGGCGACGCGCCUUCACACCUGAGCGCCACCAGCGCAGGUAUAAAACUCGAACCCGGAGAAGAUGAGCGGCCACACCAACACCAACCAGCUGGACGAGCUGGGCUUCCCGAGCUGGCAGGAGCCGGACGAGUCCGGGCAGGACGAGGGGGACGAGAUGCCCUCGGCCGAGAAGGACCUGGCGGAGGACGCGCCCUGGAAGAAGAUCCAGCAGAACACGUUCACGCGCUGGUUUAACGAGCACCUCAAGUGCAUCAACAAGACCUUGACGGACCUGCAGAAGGACCUGGCCGACGGGCUGAAGCUCAUCGCCCUGCUGGAGGUCCUGAGUCAGAAGAAAAUGUACCGCAAGCACCACACCAGACCCAACUUCAGACAGAUGAAGCUGGAGAACGUCUCCGUGGCUCUGGAGUUCCUGGAUCGAGAGCACAUCAAGCUGGUUUCUAUAGACAGUAAGGCGAUCGUGGACGGGAACCUGAAGCUGAUCCUGGGUCUGAUCUGGACCCUGAUCCUGCACUACUCCAUCUCCAUGCCCAUGUGGGACGAUGACGAGGAGGACGAGGAGAAGAAGAAGCUCACGCCCAAACAGCGCCUGCUCGGCUGGAUCCAGAACAAAGUUCCUGAACUUCCCAUUAACAACUUUAACCGGGACUGGAGGGACGGUAAAGCACUGGGAGCGCUGGUGGACAACUGCGCACCGGGUCUGUGUCCUGACUGGCAGUCCUGGGACCCCAAGCAGCCUGUGGAGAACGCUCGGGAGGCCAUGCAGCAGGCGGACGACUGGCUCGGGGUCCCUCAGGUGAUCGCUCCGGAGGAGAUCGUCGACCCGGACGUGGACGAGCACUCGGUGAUGACGUACCUCUCGCAGUUCCCUAAAGCCAAACUGAAACCCGGCGCGCCCGUCAAACCCAAACAGCUGCACCCCAAAAAGGCGAAAGCGUACGGCCCAGGUAUUGAACCGGAGGGGAACGUGGUCCUGAAACCGACUACGUUCACCGUGGAGACGCUGGAGGCGGGGCUUGGUGAGGUCAUCGUCUAUGUAGAGGAUCCUGAAGGUCAUACAGAAGAGGCCAAAGUCGUUGCCAACAAUGAUAAGAAGAGAACGUACUCGGUCAGCUACGUCCCCAAAGUGGCCGGACCUCACAAGGUGAAGGUUCUGUUCGCCGGUCAGGACAUCGACAAAAGUCCGUUCGCGGUGAACGUCGGUAAAGCUCUCGGCGACCCGAGCAAGGUCCAGGCACGAGGUCCAGGUCUGGAACCCACAGGAAACGUGACCAACAAACCCACCUACUUCGACAUCUACACCGCAGGAGCGGGAGCGGGCGACGUCAGCGUGGUGAUCGUGGACCCUCAGGGGAAGAAGGACACGGUGGAGGUGAUUCUGGAGAACAAGGGCGACAACGUGUUCCGCUGUACCUACAAACCCACGAUGGAGGGGACGCACGCCGUGCACGUCCUGUUCGCCGGCCAGCCCGUUCCCAACAGUCCCUAUAAGGUUCAAGUCUCAGAAGCUCCUGUUGUCGCUCCUUCAGCCCUGCAGAUCCAACCUCAGUCGGUCCGAACCCCUCCUCCAGUCAAGCCCAAAACUAAAGCCAGCAACGCUAACGCCUGCCGGGCCACCGGGAGAGGACUGCAGCCCAAAGGAGUGCGGGUGAACGAGCUGGCCGAUUUCAAGGUCUUCACUAAAGGAGCGGGAAGCGGAGAGAUCAAAGUGUCCGUCAAGGGACCCAAGGGCGCUGAUGUACCGGUGAAGGUCCGGGAUGUUGGUGAUGGGGUGUACGAGUGUGACUAUCACCCCACUGUACCCGGAAAAUACACCGUGACCAUAACCUGGGGAGGACAAGCCAUCCCACGCAGCCCGUUCGAGGUGGUGGUGGGGAAGGAGGCGGGGCUACAGAAGGUGCGCGCCUGGGGCCCGGGUUUGGAGACGGGCGUGGUGGGUAAAUCCGCAGACUUCGUGGUGGAGGCCGUGGGUACCGAGGUCGGGACUCUGGGCUUCUCCAUCGAGGGUCCGUCCCAGGCCAGGAUCGAGUGCGACGAUAAGGGCGACGGGUCAUGUGACGUGCGGUACUGGCCCACCGAGCCGGGCGACUACGCCGUGCACGUGAUCUGUGAUGACGAGGACAUUAAGGACAGUCCGUUCAUGGCUCACAUCCUCCCGGCGCCCGCCGACGUCUUCCCCGAAAAGGUUCGAGCGUUCGGUCCUGGUCUCCAGCCCACCGGCGUGAUCGUUAAUAAACCCGCCGAGUUCACCAUCGACGCCCGACAGGCGGGAAAAGGAGAGCUGAAGAUCUACGCCCAGGAUGCUGAGGGGUGUGUUAUCGACAUCCAGAUCACAGAGAAGGGCGACGGAACCUUCAUAUGUGUUUACAUUCCCACCAAACCCAUCAAACACACCAUCAUCAUCAGCUGGGGCGGAGUCAACGUCCCCAACAGUCCCUUCAGGGUUCUGGUGGGUGAAGGUUGUUACCCUGAUGAGGUGAAGGUUUACGGUCCCGGGGUGGAGAAGACGGGGCUGAAAUCCAGCGAGCCGACGUACUUCACCGUGGACUGUGGUGACGCCGGACAGGGUGAUGUGAGUAUCGGUAUAAAGUGUGCGGCGGGCGUGGUCGGACCCAGCGAGGCCGACAUCGACUUCGACAUCAUCAAAAACGACAACGACACUUUCACUGUGAAAUACACCCCGCCCGCCCCGGGGCGCUACACCGUCAUGGUGCUGUUCGCUGAGAAGGAGAUUCCCAGCAGUCCGUUUAAGGUGAAGGUGGAACCGUCUCACGAUGCUGGAAAAGUGAGAGCCGAGGGUCCCGGACUCAACAAAACAGGCGUGCAGGUUGGCACCCCGACCCACUUCACCAUCUACACCAAGGGGGCAGGAAAAGCCAAACCUGAGGUUCACUUCAGCACCGGAGCGAAGGGAAACGCCGUCAAGGACUUCGAGAUCAUCGAUAAUCACGACUACACCUACACCGUCAAGUACACGCCGCUACUGCAGGGUAACAUGAGUAUCUCAGUGAAUUACGGAGGAGAACCGGUUCCCAAAAGUCCCUUUAACAUCAGCGUCGCUCCUCCUCUGGACCUGAACAAGGUCCGAGUACAAGAUCUCAACGAAAAGGUGGAGGUGGGUAAGGAUCAGGAGUUCACCGUGAACACUCGGGGUGCGGGUGGACAGGGUGACGUGGGGGUGAAGAUGGUCUCGCCCUCUGGACGCCCGAUUCCCUGUAAGCUGGAGCCGGACCGAGCGAAGGAGGAGACCGGCGUGAAGUACUUCCCCCCCGAGGAGGGACCCUACAAAGUGGACGUGACCUACGAUGGGAACCCUGUACCCGGGAGUCCCUUCAGCGUGGAGGCGCUCAUGCCCGCUGACCCCUCGAAGGUGCGAGCGUUCGGUCCCGGCCUGCAGGGUGGCAUCGUGGGUAAACCCGCUCCGUUCACUAUAGACACUAAAGGUGCGGGCGUGGGGGGGCUCGGCCUGACGGUGGAGGGGCCGUGCGAGGCUAAGAUCGAGUGUCAGGAUAACGGCGAUGGUACCUGCUCCGUCUCCUACCUGCCCACCGAGCCCGGCGACUACAGCAUCAACAUCCUGUACGGCGGCGCCCACGUGCCAGGCUCGCCCUUCGUGGCGAAGGUCCGGCCGGCGCUGGACGCGGGGCGCGUGGUGGUGAGCGGCCCCGGGCUGGAGCAUGCCACCGCGGGGAGCGUGGCGUCCUUCACGGUGGACUGCAGCCGCGCCGGAGACGCCGAGCUGAGCGUGGAGAUCGUGUCGGACUCCGGGGCCAAAGCCGAGGUUCACAUCUUCAACAACAACGACGGGACCUUCAGCGUGACCUACACGCCCUCCUCACACGGACCCUACACCAUCAGCAUCCGCUACGGGGGCGUCAUGGUGCCCAAGUGCCCCAUCCGUCUGCAGGUGGAACCCUCGGUGGAUACCAGCGGGGUGAAAGUGUACGGACCCGGGGUAGAACCUACAGGAGUUCUAAGAGAAGUCAGUACACACUUCAUGGUGGAUUGUAACUCUCUGAGUAAAAGUGGAGGGAAUCACGCUAAAGUUCGUAUCGUGAGUCCGUCCGGAUCGAACCCCGACGCCUACAUCACUGAUAAAGGAGACGGAACCUACAGCGUGGAGUACACCACCUACGAGGACGGUGUGCACCUGAUCGAGGUGUUAUAUGACGACGUCCCGGUUGCUAAGAGUCCGUUCCAGGUGACGGUGGUGGAGGGGUGUGACCCCGCCCGGGUUCGAGCGUUCGGCCCCGGACUGGAGAGCGGCUUCACCAAUAAACCCAACUGCUUCACUGUGGAAACCAGGGGUGCAGGUACAGGGGGGCUGGGUCUGACCAUCGAGGGGGCGUCCGAGGCUAAAAUGUCGUGCACGGAUAAUAAGGACGGGAGCUGCAGCGUGGAGUACGUUCCCUUCUUCGCAGGAAACUACGACAUCAACAUCACGUACGGAGGGAGACCUAUCACAGGAAGUCCGUUCCGUGUGCCCGUCAGAGACGUGGUGGACCCCAGUAAGGUGAAGUGUUCAGGACCGGGAUUAGGAAGUGGAGUUCGAGCUCAGGUCCCACAAUCCUUCACUGUGGACUGCAGCAGAGCAGGAAACGCACCUCUGGACGUGCAGCUGUACGGACCCACAGGAGUUACAGAACCGGUGACCGUGAGGAACAACAGGGACGGAACCCACACGGUGAAGUACACGCCCGCUCAGGAGGGACCCUACAGCAUCGGGGUUAAAUACGCUGAUCAGGACGUCCCCCGCAGUCCGUUUAAGGUCCACGCCGGUCCAGUUCACGAUGCCAGUAAGGUAAAGGCGAGCGGUCCGGGUCUGGACUCUGCAGGGGUGGCGGCGAGUAUCCCGGUGGAGUUCACCAUCGAUGCCCGCGAUGCUGGAGAGGGUUUGCUAACAGUACAGAUUCUGGAUCCUGAAGGAAAGCCGAAGAAAGCUAGCAUACAGGAUAAUAAGGACGGCACCUACACCGUCUCUUACGUACCUGACGUUACCGGCCGCUACACCAUCACUAUCAAAUACGGAGGAGAUCAAAUCCCCUUCUCACCGUAUUCCAUUCACGCCAUGCCGACCGGAGACGCCAGCAAGUGUUUACUCUCAGUGUCCAUUGGAGGACAUGGAGUCUCGACUCUGGGGCCGAACAUCCAGAUGCACGAGGAGACGGUACUGAGCGUGGACGCUAAGGCUGCUGGGAAAGGAAAGGUAACGUGUAAAGUUCGUACACCGAACGGAGGCGAGCUGGACGUGGACGUCAUGGAAAACCGGGAUGGAACCUUCGAUAUUUACUACACGGCUCCAGAAGCGGGAAAAUACGUCAUCACCAUCCGCUUCGGUGGCCAGAACAUUCCCAACAGUCCCUUCACUGUACAGGCCACAAAGGAACCGGUUGUACCAGUGGACACCAAGCAGCCCAUGUUCCGUCCUCUCAACCUGCUAAUCCCCUUCAGCGUACAGCAGGGAGUGCUCACUGGAGAGGUGCGCAUGCCUUCAGGUAAAACGGCUCGCUCCCUGAUCAAGGACAACAAGGACGGUACGAUCACGGUGAAGUACGUCCCCACGGAGAGAGGGCUCCACGAAAUGGACAUCAAAUACGACGGAAAUCACAUCCCAGGAAGUCCUCUGCAGUUCUAUGUGGAUGCUGCUGACAGUGGGAUGGUGACGGCGUACGGUCCCGGCCUCUGCCAUGGCAUGGUCAACAAACCCGCUACCUUCACUGUGGUCACCGCAAACGCUAAAGAAGGUGGACUCUCGCUGGCUGUAGAAGGACCGUCUAAAGCAGAGAUCAGCUGUAAGGAUAAUAAAGAUGGAACGUGUACGGUGUCCUACCUGCCCACCUCGCCCGGAGACUAUAACGUCAUCGUCAGAUUCGACGGCAAACACAUUCCAGGCAGCCCCUUUACCGCCAAAAUCACAGGUGACGAUUCUUUAAGAACGUCUGAGCUGAACGUUGGAUCAGCAGCUGAUGUUUCUCUGAAGAUCAGUGAGACAGAUCUGAGCUCCCUCAAUGCCAGCAUCAGAGCGCCAUCCGGAGCAGAACAACCGUGCCUUCUGAAAACUCUGCCCAACAGACACAUCGGUAUCUCCUUCACCCCUAAGGAGGUGGGUGAACAUGAGGUGAGUGUACGUAAGAGUGGAAAACACGUGAACAACAGUCCCUUCAAGAUCAUGGUGGGACCAUCCGAGAUCGGAGACGCCAGCCGGGUUAGAGCGUACGGCAAGGGACUGACCGAAGCUCGUACCUUCAGCCUCACCGAGUUCUUCGUGGAUACCAGGAACGCAGGUUAUGGAGGACUGGGGCUGUCCAUCGAGGGUCUGAGCAAAGUGGACAUCAAGUGUGAAGAUGUGGAGGAUGGUACGUGCAGAGUGACCUACUGCCCCACUGAACCAGGAAAUUACAUCAUCAACAUCAAAUUUUCAGAUAAACAUAUCCCAGGGAGUCCAUUCACGGUGAAGGUGACGGGUGAAGGGAGGAUGAAGGAGAGCAUAACCAGGAGGAGACAAGCGUCCUCCAUCGCCUCGGUGGGAAGCCUGUGUGACCUCAACCUCAAAAUCCCAGGCAACUGGUUUCAGAUGGUUUCAGCUCAGGAGCGUCUGACCCGAACGUUCACGCGCAGCAGCCACACCUACACGCGUACGGAGCGUACCGAGAUCAGCAAAACCCGCGCCGGAGAGACCAAACGUGAGGUUCACAUGGAGGAGAGCACCCAGGUCGGGGGCGAUCCCUUCAGAGAUGUGUUCGGAUCCUUCCUCGGCAGGGAGAGCUUCGGGAGCUUUGGAUCCCUCACCGGCAAACCUGAGGAUACGGGAUCUCAGACCAUGACGGCUCAGGUGACGAGUCCUGGAGGAAAGGUGAUGGAUGCCGAGAUCGUGGAAGGUGAUAACAGCACGUACAGCGUCCGGUUCGUCCCCAACGAGAUGGGCUCUCACACGGUCAGCGUGAAGUACGGAGGCAAUCACGUCCCCGGCAGCCCUUUCCUGUUCACCGUGGGGCCCCUGGGAGAGGGAGGGGCCCAUAAAGUACGUGCUGGGGGAACCGGGCUGCAGAGGGGCAUCGCCGGAGUGCCAACGGAGUUCAGUAUCUGGACCAGAGAGGCUGGAGCAGGAGGACUGUCCAUCGCCGUGGAAGGUCCCAGCAAGGCUGAAAUCAACUUUGAGGACAGGAAGGACGGAUCCUGUGGAGUUUCUUAUAUCGUACAGGAACCAGGUGACUACGAAGUGUCCAUCAAAUUUAACAGUGAGCACAUCCCCGACAGUCCCUUCACCGUACCCAUCGCCAAACUGUCUGAUGAAGCACGUAGACUCACGCUGACCAGCCUGCAGGAGAAGGAUCUGAGGGUGAACCAGGAGGCAUCGUUUGCGGUCCAGCGUAACGGCGCGAGAGGGGUGAUCGACGCCAAAGUGCACAGUCCCUCAGGAGUGGUGGAGGAGUGUUACGUUACUGAUGUGGACGCAGAUAAGAGCGCCAUCCGCUUCAUUCCCAGAGAGAACGGCGUUCACUCCAUCGACGUCAAGUUGAACGGGAGCCAUAUUCCAGGCAGUCCGUUCCACGUGCGAGUGGGAGACACGGGCCACGCCGGAGAUCCCGGGCUGGUUUCGGCCUACGGGGCCGGACUGCAGGCGGGCUGCACAGGUGCACCUGCCGAGUUCGUGGUGAACACCUGUAACGCUGGAUCCGGCGCUCUGUCGGUGUCCAUCGACGGGCCCUCCAAGGUGAAAAUGGACUGUUCGGAAUGUAUGGAGGGAUAUAAGAUCACCUACACCCCCAUGGCGCCCGGCAACUACCUGAUCUCCAUUAAAUACGGGGGGCCGCAGCACAUCGUGGGCAGUCCCUUCAAAGCUAAAGUCACAGGUGUUCGUCUGUCCGGUGGGCACAGUCUCCACGAGACCUCGUCAGUGUUGGUGGAAUCAGUCACUCAGAGCUCUAAGAUUUCGGGAGCGUACAGCGCCAAACCCAGCAUGUCUGUGAACUCGGAUGCCAGUAAGGUGGUGUGCCAGGGAGCCGGACUGUGCAGAGCUUUCAUCGGCCAGCAGAACAUGUUCACCGUCGACUGCAGCAAAGCAGGUACGAACAUGUUGAUGGUGGGGGUUCAUGGACCGAGGACGCCUUGUGAAGAUGUGUAUGUGAAGCACCUGGGCUCGAAGCUCUACAACGUCACCUACACGGUGAAGGAGAAAGGAAACUACACGGUCAUCGUCAAGUGGGGGGAUGAAGCAGUUCCCGGAAGCCCCUUCCGCAUUAACGUACCCUAAAUUACAGUGCCCUAAAUCCUCAACACCCCUAUACAACCUCACCUCCCCCCCAUUUAUCCCACAAUGCACUACUGAACAUUAAAGAUGUUUUUUAGAUAGGAAAAUCACCGUAACGUAGUUUAGUUAGGUUACAGCUGUGUUCCAAUACUGUUCCUAACACCCGCCUGUCCACGUAGCCCAAUAUUCACAAUAACAACUUUUUGGAAAAGAGUGGGAAAGUCCAUUUGAUCUCAGAGUGGGAAUUUUAUGAGCUGAGAGACACACCAAUGAAAUUCCAAUUCAGUCUGGAUUAGAUCCGGAUCUGGAUCCUGGAAUUCAAUUUAAUAAAAACACUAAUGUGAGGAACAUCAGCUCAUCAGCUCAAACACUACAUGAUCAAAAGUAUGUAGACACCCCUCCUCAUUCUGAGUUCAGACAGGCCUGUUUAGAAACCGUACUGGACCUCACGGUGUAAUAUUAGAAUCCUGUUUGGGUUUUUGUUCUGAUCUGAUUGUAGUAUUGACGUGCAUCAGCAGGUUUUCAUUAAUGAUUUAAAAAAGCACUUUUACGUUGAUAAUCUCUGUAUCAGACGUUGAAUCUGAUUUUAGGAGAAGCAGCAGCAGCAGUGUGUAUGAAGGAUCUGAUACAGUAAACCGUUUCGUUUCUGUGUGUUUUGUGGUUUUAUAAGCUUGAUUGAGAGUGAUUCUUUUCUUAUAUUAACCAGUUGCAGAUCUAAUAAAGAUUUCACUGAUGAAUCAGUA